AUGCAAGAUGCGGUAUCCGUUGAGAUGAUGGGCACGGAUCUUGACCAAACGCUAUCGGAACACUUCACAGAGGAGGAGCAAUUCUGGUUGUACGCUAGAGAUCAAGACUAUGACCUUGACACGUGCUUGGAACUAUGCGAUCAUGUGCAGUUGCUCAAUGAGGAUAUCUUGACUAAUAACGUUGAACAGCGGCCUGAGAUCGUGCGAGCAGAGCUGGACUUUGCGAAAUUCGAAAGCAGGGAAAAGUCAGGCUCCGUCGACUACCAAACAGCAUAG